GACACCAUUUAGUUUUUUCGUUCUAGGUUUCUUUUACCGUAUAUAGAUAAUGGGUAAUAGUAGCACUUACCCUGUUUUCUUUAAGUGCUACAACCUUCACCCAGAUCAGGAGAAGGAAAUAGAAAACUAUUUUCAUACUUGGACAUCAAGUGGCGGAAGCUGUGAAUCACUGAAGAGGGAAUCUAAAUAUGUUUACAGUUUCGCUUUCCGAAACAAAAAAGAUCAGCAAGCAGUCCUGAGAAAAGCAAAGCACACUGUGAAUCUCACAGAUAGCUGCAGCCUCACUUUCACCGUCCAGAACAGUUUAAAAGCAGCCUCCUCACCUUCCAAUGUGACACUGACUGCAAUACAACAGCAUUCAACGCCAUUUUCCAUCUCACCUGCUCCACCAACAGGUGAAAACAGUGAACAAGACAUUAAAGGACUCAUAGCUAAGAUAAUAGUUCUCACUAUGCUGGGGCUUCAGCGUAUCAACCCAGAAGAGACUAGGAAUUUGGUCAAGAGAUAUUGGAAAUCUAAGGCAGAUAACAAUCAUGAGGUUUUGACAUCCCAGCAUAAGAGAUCUAAUAACAAUGAUAAAGCAUGCCAGACCAUGGACCCGGUGGAACACAGACAAUCUGGUAUCAAUGAUUCAGGGUUAAGUCAAAAAAUGCCAUUUAUAAAUAGUAAUAAAGGAGACCCAGCUGUAGCUUAUAACCUUAAAAAUGGACUCCAGAUGAUGGUGUGUUUAGGUGAUAUCACUAGACUGGAUACAGACACCUUGAUGACUAUUCCAGUGGAUGAUUUAGACCAUUCCAAUGGAGCUUCAUUCCUAUCAGAAGCCUUUAGGUCCAAAUCUUUAACCAUGCCCUUUUACAGCUCAGGGCCAUUUGGUGUUCCUCUCAGUAUUUGCACUGAGGCUAUUGUUAAUGCUGUGAGGCAGUACAGCAGUCAGGGAGGGCGAAUGGUGAGCAGGAUCAUUCUGAUAGAUAACAGAAACCAUGUCGUGAAGGGCAUGUUGGAAGUGUGUGACAACCUUUUCCAAGGAAUAAGCCAUGGAUGCCGCUCAUUCAGUAGUGGAAGGUUCCAGAUUGACCCUGCUGAAGAAGACACAGUGAGAACAAGUGAUGAAGGCGUUGCUGAGGUUGCUGGAGAUAGUGUUUAUGUUGAGGUUGUCAUGGGGACUAUUGAGACCCAACAGGUUGAUGCUGUGGUUUCUCCUAUGGUUGGCCAUAAUCCUCUUUCUUCAGGUUUGGGAAGAACUUUGAAUGAAAUAGUUGGACCACAGCUGAUGUCAAGGUUCAGAAACACAGCAGGAAAUGAAUCAGUGCCUGGAGACUCAGUGCUGUUGAAGGGACUGCCCAGACUUCCCUCUGGUGCUGUGUUCUUCCUCAACCUUAUUCCAUGGGAUGAUGAUGACGAUGGAACAGCAGUUCAGGUUCUCAGAUUGGGCAUCAACAGCAUCCUAACAUCCUGUAAGAGGCAAGGGUUUGAAUCGAUUUCACUCCCUGUACUUGGAGUCGGAAUGGCCUUGCGGUUUCCAGAAAGUGUGGUCGCUAAGGUGUUAAGAGAGGAGAUCCAGUCCUUUGAGUGGAGUCAAGAUAGAAGUAAACCACUCUUGGUUCGCAUUGUCCUCCAACCAAAUAUAACAUCUACUCAGUGCCGCAGAAGCAUCGAGCUUCAGUUACAGGAGCUGUUAACCACAUUGGACAAUACAGCGAAGAAAACAAAAGAAGGAUACGGCAAGUGUAUUUCUGUAAAUGCAUGGAUCAAAUUAACAGAUAACAAAGAUAGAUCAGGAUCCAAUGCUUUCUUUGGAUCAUCCCUUGUAGUUUUACAAGUAGCAGAAAAAUCUGUAAACAUAGACGGAAAAGGAGAAGAUGAUGCAAAAGAAAAUGAGGCAACAACAAGUGGACAAGCUCAGAGCGGAGGAACUUCUAAAGGAAGAGAGUUUGGAGGAAUUUGGUACCCAGUGUUGGGAUCUAUAGGUGCAGUUAUAGGGGCAGCAGGAACAUUCAGUUCAGGAGCGGCAGGAAUAGGAGGAGCAGGAAUGAGAGCAACAGGUGGAGGAGGCACAGGUGAAGGAGUACAGGUGGAUCAACGGGUGGAGGAGGCUCAGGUGGAGCAACAGGUGGAGGAUGCGGCUCAGGUGGAGCAACACGUGGGGGAGGCACAACUGGAGCAACAGGUAGGGGAGGCACAGGUGGAGCAACACGUGGAGGAGGCACAGGUGGAGCAACAGGUGGGGGAGGCACAGGUGGAGCAACAGGUGGAGGAGGCUCAGGUGGAGCAACAGGUGGGGGAGGCACAGGUGGAGUACAAGUUGUAG